GGGCGCGCCCCGCGUGCCGUGGGGGGGGGGCGGGCGCGGGCCGCACCCCCCCCCCCCGCAGCGUCGGCCCCCCAGCGGGCCGCCUGCGGGGCCGAGCAUGGCGCAGCUCGGGGCGGAGGGCCCGGACCGCAGGCUCGGCGCCAGGGCUGCCGGGCAGAAGAAGCGCAGGCGGCAGAGCGACGAGGACUCCUCGCCGUCGCCCGCGCGGCGGCAGCCGCCGGCGGCCGCCGGCGCCGCCCCGCCGCCGGGCCCGCCGGCCGCCUGGCUCGCCAGCGCUGGAUCGCCCGCCCCGCGGCCGCCGGGGCGGCGGCAGUCCAUCGUCGAACGGCUUGCAGCGGCUAUGCCCCGUCCAGGGGGACUGCUGGAGGCGCUGGCGAAGCGCGGCAUUUUCGGGCCGACAUCCGGCGCGCCAGCGCUUCGGAGCGUGGCGCAGGCCGCCGGCCUGGUGCCGCUGCCGCCACAGGCCCGCCUGCAGCCGGCGGCCAGCCCCAGCCGCGCGCCGUUGGCCGCCGGCCUCGCGGCGGCAGAGGCGCCCAGGCGCCUGGAGCCCAGCUCGCCGCCCGCGCUGUGGAGCCCCCAGCCGCAGCCGCCGCGGCCCGCGGCCCCCUCGGCCGAGGCCACGCCGCAGCAGGCCACGCCGCAGCAGGCCAGCGGCGGAGGCGCCCAGGCCGGGGGCGCCGCCGCCGUGGACCGGGGCCAGGCGCUCGCCGAGGCGCUGGCGCCGGCGGCCCAGGCCCCCGGGGCGGCUCGCCAGGGCGCCAGGGCGCCUGCCAGAGCCCGCCGGCCACCGGCGCCCGCCCCCCGCCCCGAGGAGCCCUGGCGGCGCAGGCUGCGGAACGGGUUGCCAGAGAAGGCAGCCUCCGACAACUACGAGAUAUCGGAUAAGGGCUCCGACUCGGACGCGGAGGAGCCCGACCGCGACCUGAAGCCAGUGCCCGAGUGGUCGACGCAUUACCUCGAGUCGAUGGAGCGCCAGCACGGCAUCGACCCGGACACGAUCUUCGGCGGCAGGGUGCCCAGGUGCGACCUGGACGGAUUUUCUCCGACGGCCUGUACAUCAAGUACGCCAAGGAGCGCCCCGUCCGCAGGCGCGGCUCGUCCGGCGAGUGGCGGCAGGACAGGCUGACCACGCAGGAGGUCACCUGGUACAAGCGCAGGAUGGGGCACACCGUCUGAGCCGACCCGGGCACAACGCAUAGGCCAACGUACCCAUUGAGUUGGCGAUGCCAGCGCCGAAAAGGAGA